GGCCGUGCGGAGAGCGCAGUAGCGCUGAGCACAGCGACGCCUGUCUCUGGGUGCAGGAGCGGUGCAGCCCCAGGGCUGAACAGUGCCCUCGCCCUGGAGAGCUGCGACGCCCCGCAGAGAAGUCACCGGGCCGAGCGAUGGAGGGUGCUGGGCAGAAGCCUUGCGGCCGGCAGCCCCGAGCUGGAGGGAGAGGCCAUGCAGAUCUUUGGGAUACUGGCUUUAUAAGAAGAGGCAGAAACAGAACAAAUAAUGAGCCAGGCCAGGCAGCUCAGUUAGGGGAAAGCCCCCAAGCCAGUGAUUAUACUCUUCUACCUGGGCAAAGAGAAGAGAGAUUUGGUGGUUGGAUUUGGAGGGUUCCUCAAUCAAGCAAGAAUAAACCAAGAAACCAAGGUGGACAGGCCAACAGUGGAGCCACAGGACACUGGAAUGAACGGGAGAAUGAGCAAAGGGGAAUGAGGCAUCAAGGUGGACAAGCACAUGAGAGGGCCAGAGGACCCUGGAAUGAGCAAGAAAAUGAGAGUAGAGGAAGGAGGUAUCAAGGUGGACAAACACAUGAGAUGCCCAGAGGACCCUGGCAUGAGCAAGAAAAUGGGGGUAGACGAAGGAGGUAUCAAGGUGGACAAGCCCAGGAAGGAGCUAGAGGGCUACGGAACGGGCAGGAAAAUGAAGGCAGGGGAAGGAGGAUGCAACCUCGGGAGAAUCCUCGUUUCUACCAGAACCCUACCCCAGGUGGUGCUCAGCUCAGUGAGCAGCCUCAGCAAGUCAAAAGGAUUGGCUAUAAAUUCCUAGAAAGUCUCCUCCAGAAGGACCCUUCAGAAGUUGUCAUCACGCUUGCUUCCAGUUCGGGUUUGAAAGAGCUUCUUUCCCAAACAGCUAUGAAACCCAAUUUCCUUCAGCUUGUUUGCCAGGUGCUUCGAAAAGCAUGCAGUUCCCGAAUGGAUAGACAGAGUGUCCAACAGCUUCUUGGAGUGGUGAAGGAGUCCAACUUUCUCAAGAUCUGUCUGCCACAGUAUGUGUCUGACAUGAUAACAGAAGCAGUCCCUGCUGUACGUCAUCAGUACCCUGUGCAUAUUAGCAACAUCAUUUCACUUCUUCAGGACCUGAUUAGUAUUUUCCCAGCCAGCUCUGUGCAGAAAAUCUCCAUUCUCUUGACAGUCUUGCCAGCAUCCAUAAAUGCCCUGAGAGCUUCUGGUGUGGACAUCGCAGAAGAAACAGAGAAGAAUCUAAAUAAAGUCCAGAUGCUCGUGCAGCAUCUGCAGGAGAAGAGACGUGAAGGCACGCUGCGGGCUGAUAACUAUACUCUUCUGCAGCCUCAGACUGAUGGUCAGGAAGAAACCUAUCGUACAAUGACCAUUUAUCCGACAUAUAAUGAGGUACACCAUGAUGAGAAACCCUUUCUACGUCCCAAUAUUGUUUCUGGAACAUAUGAGAGCACCAGCAUUUAUCUUGACACUCAUUUCCGGCUUCUGAGAGAAGACUUUGUAAGGCCUUUAAGGGAGGGUAUCUCAGAGCUUUUGCAGAGCUUUGAGGACAAAGGUUUGAGAAAAAAAAGAUUUGAUGAUAUCAGGAUCUACUUUGACACACGGAUUAUUACCCCUCUCUGUUCCCCAACUGGUAUUGUUUACAAGGUCCAAUUUGACGUGAAACCAUUGAAGUUUGUACGAUGGCAGAAUUCCAAGCGGUUGCUAUAUGGAUCCCUGAUCUGCAUGUCCAAAGAUCACUUUGAAACAUGCCUUUUUGCCACUGUUUCUAAUCGUGAUAAUGCAGAUCUUGCUCAUGGGAUUGUGCAGCUAUGCUUUAAUGCACAGAGCCAGGCACUGCUGGCAGAGGUUCAGCCCUCAGACUCCUUCCUCAUGGUAGAGACAACUGCCUACUUUGAGGCCUACCGGCAUGUGUUAGAAGGGUUACAGGAACUCCGGGAAGAAGAUAUCCCAUUCCAGAAGUACAUUGUGGAAUGUGAUGCACAGGUGAAGAAGCCAGCAUACCUGACAAUGGAUACUACCUACAACUUUGCACCCUUAAUGGAAGAUCCCCUGUCAGAUGAAGAGAUGUACCCUGAUGGCUUGAGAAUGCAAAGUGUUAAUGUUUUAGAUCCCAAGCAGUGGCCUUCAAUGGAAACCUUGAGAUUAGAUGAGUCUCAGAUGCAGGCACUGAGUCUUGCACUCACCAAGGAGCUGGCCAUUAUCCAAGGACCUCCUGGGACUGGGAAGACGUACGUGGGUUUGAAGAUUGUUCAGGCUCUCUUGGCUAAUAAGCACGUGUGGCAAAGCACCGUCCAGAAGUCUCCCAUCCUUAUAGUCUGCUACACUAACCAUGCACUGGAUCAGUUCUUAGAAGGAAUAUACACGUUCCAAAAACAUGGGAUGGUACGUGUUGGGGGAAGAAGUAGCAGUGAGGUCCUGAAGCAAUUCACCCUGAGGGAGCUGAGAAAGAAGAGUGAAUUCCGAUACAACUUGCCAAUGCAUCUCCGCAGAGCCUAUGUGAAUAUAACCAGUGAGAUGAAACAGGCUGAGCAGGAGCUCCAUGAAGGAGCAAAGCACUUAGAGUGCACGACAUACGGAGUUCUGCAUGAACGCUACUUGGAAGCAUGCAUUGCGCCUCAGCACUGGGACAGUCUGAUGAAUGGUCUGGGUGAUGAGGAGUUUUACUACAGUGCUUCACAACACUCAAUGAUUCUGGAGUGGCUGGGUCUUGGUGUAACUGUCUUCACACAGAAUGCUGCAGAGAAUAUAGGGACUGAGAAUCCAGGUGGUCAGCAGGAGAGAGAGGAGGAGUGGGAAGGUGAAGCAGAAGAGGAGCUUUUGGAGAUCCCAGAGGAGGCUGACCUGAUUCAAGCUGACAGAGUAAUUGAGGAUGAAGAGGCAGCAAAGCCUCAGGGAAGGAAGGAGGAAGAGCACAGAGCUGUCCAUGACCUAGCCAGUGUGCUGUUGGCUAUGAAGCUGGAGGACUGGGAAGAAGGAACAGCCCAACCACAACAGAAGGCUAUGCAGUGGGAGAUAACUGCUGCCCAGAGGAAGAAAAUGAAACAGAAGAUGAAGGUUGAGCUUCGUAAGCUGAGUGCAAUGACAGAGUUAGAGGCCAAGGCUAUUCAGGAUCUGUGGCAACUUGACCUGAGCUCCCGCUGGAGGCUUUACAGGCUUUGGCUGCAGACCUAUCAGGGGUUUAUUCGACGAAGGAUUCUGCAACAUGAACAGCAGUAUCAGGCAGCAGCAGAAAGACUGACAGAACUGAGGCUGCAGGAAGAUCUCUGCAUUCUCAAGGAGGCCCAAAUCGUGGGGAUGACAACUACAGGUGCUGCCAAAUACCGUCAGAUCUUGCAAAAAGUAGAGGCACGAAUUGUCAUUGUAGAAGAGGCAGCAGAGGUGCUUGAGGCUCACACCAUUACUACUCUGAGUAAAGCUUGCCAGCAUCUUAUCCUUAUUGGAGAUCAUCAGCAGCUGCAGCCUAGUGCAAAUGUAUAUGAUCUGGCCAAGAACUUCAAUCUGGAAGUCUCUCUCUUUGAACGGCUGGUGAAAGUGGAUUUCCCCUUUGUCCGUCUGAAAUACCAACACCGCAUGCGUCCUGAAAUUGCCCAGCUUCUCAGUCCUCAUAUAUACCAGGAGCUGGAGAACCAUCCCUCUGUCCUGAAGUACGAGAACAUAAAAGGGGUCUUAUCUAACCUCUUCUUUGUGGAACAUGACUUUCCUGAGCAAGAGAUCCAGGAAGGAAAAAGCCACCAGAACCCACAUGAGGCCCAGUUUGUAGUGGAACUGUGCAAAUACUUCUUGUGUCAGGAUUAUCUACCUUCUCAGAUCACCAUUCUCACUACUUAUACUGGACAGCUUUUCUGUCUGCGUAAGCUCAUGCCAGCCAAGACCUUUGCAGGUGUAAAGGUUCAUGUGGUAGAUAAGUACCAGGGGGAGGAGAAUGAUAUUAUUCUGCUGUCACUCGUGCGGAGCAACAAAGAGGAGAGAACUGGGUUCUUGCAGAUCCCUAAUCGGAUAUGCGUAGCAUUAUCCAGAGCUAAGAAAGGGCUGUACUGCAUUGGAAAUAUGAGAAUGCUUGGCAAGGUUCCUCUCUGGAGCAAGAUCAUUCACACCCUUCGGGAGAAAGGUCACAUUGGCUGCUCAUUGGUGCUUUGCUGUCAAAACCACCCUGAAACCAAGACACUGGUAUCUACAGCAGCAGACUUCAGCAAAGUCCCCGAAGGAGGCUGUAGUCGUCCCUGUGAAUCUAGGUUGAGUUGCGGACAUGUUUGCACAAGGGCAUGUCACCCAUAUGACUCACAGCACAAAGAGUAUCAGUGUUUGAAGCCCUGUCAAAAGGUGCUUUGUGCAGAUGGGCACCGCUGUCCACGGUCAUGUUAUGAGCCCUGUGGGCCAUGCAUGGUGAAAGUAGAGAAAACGAUUUCUAAGUGUGGCCACCUGCAGAUGGUGCCAUGCUCUAUUCCAGACAGUGAGUUUCUUUGCCAAGAACCUUGCCAGAAGGAGUUGAACUGUGGGCACACAUAACAAUUGUUUUCAGUCACACUGAAGUGUGGCCACAACCAGCAAGUUAAAUGCUGGAUCACUGAGGAGAUGAAACAUGACAAGCCUGUGGAAUGUAAGACUAAGUGUUCUGUUACACUGGAGUGUGGUCAUGGAUGCUCGGGUUCCUGUCAUACCUGCUUUGAAGGAAGAUUUCAUAAGGCAUGCAACAGCCCGUGCAAGCGCUUCUUGGUCUGCGGCCACAAGUGUCAGCAGCCUUGUACCACAGAAUGCCCUCCCUGUCAGCUGGAAUGUCAGAACCACUGUAUCCACAGUAGGUGUAAAAAGAAAUGUGGAGAGAGAUGUUUUCCAUGUACCGAGCCAUGUGAGUGGCGGUGCCAGCACUACCAGUGUACCAGUCUUUGCUCUGAGCCAUGCAAUAGGCCUCGCUGCAAUGUACCAUGUGCUAAGCUACUGUGCUGUGGUCAUCCUUGUAGUGGAUUGUGUGGAGAGCCCUGCCCAAAGAAGUGCCUUGUCUGUGACCGUGAGGAACUCACCCAGAUAUUUUUUGGCUUUGAGGAAGACCCAGAUGCUCGAUUUGUAGAGCUUGAAGAUUGUGGCCAUGUUUUUGAAUCCCAAGGCCUUGACCAUUAUAUGGAUGAAGAUGAUGAUGUCAUCAAGCUGAAAGUAUGCCCUAUCUGUCAGACACCUAUCAGAAAGAGUUUGAGAUACGGUACCACUGUGAAAAGGCGGCUAGAUGAGAUAGAAAAGGUGAAAGAGAAAAUCCAAGGCUCAGCACAGGAAAUUGAGUCUAGCAGACAAAAACUGCAGGCAGCACUGACAGGGAAUGCUGUUCUGCAGAGGAAUCUACCCCUUAAGUACCUCAUGCUAGAAGAUAAACUAAAAGCACCUGAUCUCUCCACAAAGAGUAUUGGACUAAUUGAGAACCAGCUUAACUUCUAUGAACGUGUAGCAGACCUAACCAAUUCUAUGAGCAAAAUUGACGAGAGGGAGAGGAAAGGGCUGAGAAAGCGGCUGGAUGAAGUCCAGGAGUGGCUGGAUAAGCCCCGCAUCAGUUUUACCGGUCAGGAGCUCUCUGACCUGCAGUCUGAGACCCAGAGACUGACCUAUUUGCUGAGCCUCUUGGCAAGGUGCAAAGGUGGGAGGGGGAUGAUCACCCCCGCGCUUGCAGCAGCCAUUGCCCGCGCACGUGACAUCCUGGAAGGGACAAAGAAAUUCACAGAGCAGGAUGAGGCUGUGGUGAAGGCUGACCUGGAAAGAAUCUGCACUGCGUUGCCUGUGUCAGGGCUAGGGAUCUCGGAAGCUGAGCGAGUGCAGAUUGUCAGUGCUAUUGGUUGUCCCCGUGGCCACUGGUUCAAGUGCAAAAAUGGGCAUAUUUAUGUGAUUGGGGACUGUGGGGGGGCAAUGGAGAGGAGUAAGUGCCCCGAGUGCCAUGCAGUCAUCGGGGGCACAAACCACGCUCUGGACAGCACCAACAGCCUCGCCUCCGAGAUGGACGGGGCGACCCACGCCGCCUGGUCCGAGACAGCCAACAACCUGCUCAACUUCGAGGAGCUCCACCGGCUGCUGUAGCGGGGUGUCUGCCCCGUUUCUUAUCCCCUGCCCC